UGUAGUUUAAGUUGCUGCCCAGUGCUCUGGUUGUUUUAUGAGCUGAUGUUCUGAACAGUGAACUGAUAGAGACACAUGAUGUGUUGUUUCUGUUGGGUCAGAUCACAGAAACCUUCCUGCUGAGUCCACAUGUUGAGCAGGUGAGUUUCUGCUCGGGGCUCUGAGUCCUUCCUGCUGUUGUUCCCUGACAUUCCAGAUGUGAGGAGGAACAAUCCUGCUCUCAGCAGGCAGGACCUUCUUUAAAGGGGCUGGCUCUUUUCACCAUCGGCCUCAGACAGGGAAUAUUUUCACUUCCUACUCACAGCCCAGGGCGCAACUGCUGCUAGCAGCAAAGAGGAAGCAGCACACACAGAACCACAGACAUGUCAGGGUUCUGUUCGGUCCGGUUCAGGGGGAUGAAGGUAGAAACGAGGGAAAACUGCUGAAACACGAGCCGCUUCAACCUCUGAGAUUAUGAGCUGCAGCUGAAAGAACUCUUCAGAAACAGCAUGCUCAGCUUCAGGCUCGYCUACAUUUUCUCAUAUAACUUGUUCCAGUUCUGUGGUCACACAUGGAUCCUGACCAACACCAUUGUGAGGUUUCUCAUGUUUGGUCAAGAUGCUUUAGCCGACACGUUUUACUCCAUCGGCUUUGUGAUGAGUCUCUGUCAGCUGCUCUCCAUUCUGGAGAUGUUUCAUAUCACAGACGGGAUUGAGAAAGCCAGACUUCUUCCUCGGUUUAUACAGGUGAUGGAGAAAAACUUUCUGCUGAUCGUGCUUAUCAUGUUAGAGGAGUUCCAAAGUGAACCGGUUGUGUGCGUGCAGUUCUUUUUAUGGAACAUACAAGACCUUCUACGCUACCCUCAUGAACUGCUGUGUGUUCUGGACAGACCGUCCACGGGCAUGCUGUGGACCCGCUACACUCUCUGGAUCCCSCUGUACAUCCUGUCAGUCGUCACUGAAGGUGUGACGUUUUACCAGGCGCUGCCCUACAUGGAGCAAACAGCCCCCCACUCUGUGGCCAUUCAGCCCCCCUCGCUACUGAUGCUCUACCUGCCUCUUCUGUCUCUGGGUAAGAAGGAAAAGUUGGACCUAAAAUAUUUCAACUUUACAAUCUGCCAUUAUCAAACACGUUUUCUUAUUAUUAUUGUCAGUGUGACGUUAUUACAGUGAUUGUUUUAGAUCUUAUUUUAACGAAAGGGUUUGUU